AUUGAAUGAUAACAGAUUCUUUACUCACAGAACAAGAGAUAUUAAAUUUUCUUUAUGUUUAUAGUAUUUAAUAAAGUUUAUAGUAUUUAUUUCCAUAUAUACAUUUGUUUCUGUAAGAACUAUCCAUUUGAUACUAGAAUAAAUUUCUUCAUUUGGAUUAGAUUGUUCAGUACAAAACUCUAUUUCUGGCAUGUCAAUAAAUAACAAAUGCUAAUUUUGGCUCUUAAUCUUGUUGAUAGAAUACUAAACUUGCAAUGCUUUUUACACUAAUCUUUAUCUCUUUAUAUAUUUAUUUUUAAAAACUCUUCUUUCCUUUUUUUCUGAUUUAAAGUACAAAAAAAAAACAAUACAUCUUUCCAUUGAACUAGAAGAAAACAUUUUCACUGUCCUUUUGAAUCAGAAGAAGAAAGAGAAAAAAAAGAGAUGGAGAGAAACACGCCGGUGAGAAACCCUCACACUUCCACCGCCGAUCUGCUUUCUUGGUCGGAAACUCCUCCUCCUCCUCACCACUCAACCCCUUCCGCCGCUCGUUCUCACCAGCCGUCCGAUGGAAUCAGCAAGAUUCUAGGCGGUGGUCAGAUCACAGAUGAAGAAGCCCAGUCGCUUAAUAAGCUAAAGAAUUGUUCAGGGUACAAGUUAAAAGAGAUGACUGGUAGUGGCAUAUUUACUGAUAAGGGAAAAGUUGGAUCUGAAUCCGAUGCUACUACUGAUCCAAAGACUGGACUCCGUUACUAUCAGCAGACUCUGAAUGGAAUGAGUCAGAUAUCUUUCAGUGCUGACGGUAAUGUUUCCCCGAAGAAACCAACCACUUUAACCGAGGUUGCAAAGCAAAGAGAGCUGAGCGGGAACUUGCUAACCGAGGCGGAUUUAAAGAGCAACAAGCAGAUAUCAAGUGCUAAGAUUGAAGAGAUCAGCGGUCAUGACAUCUUUGCACCUCCAUCUGAGAUUCAGCCUCGAUCUUUGGUUGCUGCACAGCAAGAAGCUAGAGGUAACAGAGACAUGGGAGAGCCUGCACCAAGGAACUUACGCACUUCUGUUAAAGUUUCCAACCCUGCAGGAGGACAAAGCAACAUACUAUUCAGUGAAGAACCUGUUGUGAAGACAUCAAAGAAGAUACAUAACCAGAAGUUUCAGGAACUCACAGGCAACGGCAUUUUCAAAGGCGAUGAAUCACCUGGUAGUGCGGAUAAGCAGUUAAGCUCAGCUAAACUCCGUGAAAUGAGCGGAAACAACAUUUUCGCAGACGGAAAGUCAGAGUCCCGAGACUACUUUGGCGGCGUGAGGAAACCUCCCGGAGGUGAAAGCAGCAUUUCAUUGGUCUAAUAAGUAAGACUCGGGGCUGUAUGGUAUUAUCCGCGCAUAUGCUCAACUCUCACAUUUCAGCUUCUUUAGAAUUUAGUUUCUUAGAGUCUGAAGAGAGCUCAUUGUACGGAUCCUUUAAAACCUUUUGGUGUUGUCUCUAAUACUUGAAGUUUCUUAACUGUUUCUGCAUUUCUCCUACUCUUCACUUAAAAAACAAGUAUGGUUUCAAUA